GCGUACACACACAUUCAACCCUGCUUUCUCCCUGCCUGCUUGGGCUCCUCAGCGAUUAACUCAAAAAUCCGAAAUCUCCCCCAAGUUUGCUUUUCGAGCAGAAAUGUUUAGGGAAAAUUCAAGUUUCAUCGAGACUAUUUUGUACGAUAGUCCUGGGUGUAAGAUUUUGAAAAAUGGGAGUGAAGGAGCUGUUUACCACUUGGCCAAUGUCAUGUUUACACUGGGCUACAUGAGCGGCAGUGGGUUCUUUGGUCUCGUUUAUCUGUUUAGUCUUUUGGGCGUUGGGUUUUUUAUUCAGUCUCUUUGGGGCUGGGUCGAUGCUUGCGGAGUGGAUAUUUUUAUGUGGAGCCUGUUACUUUUUGUGUUCUGCUUGGUUCAACUGGCGCACAUUGGUUACCGGCUGAGGAAGGUGAAUUUCGAUGAAGACUUCACGAAUCUUUACAAAGCUAUGUUCCGGCCCCUCGAAGUGCCGCUCAAUGUCUACAAGGAGAUCGUGAACUGCUGCGAUGCCGAGGUGACGAGUCUCGCCCGUGAGCAGAACUACGCUGUGGAAGGCAAAACCGCAAUUGACCGCUUGUCUCUGCUGCUCUCAGGCAGAGUUCGUGUUACUCAUGAACAGCAGUUUCUACACUACAUCUUUCCGUAUCAGUUCCUUGAUUCUCCAGAAUGGGAAUCUCUGCGGCCUAAUGAAGAAGGCAAUUUUCAA